AUGUUAAUUCUCCAUUUUGGUGGGCAAGGAAUAAAUAUAGGUUUACAACAUGCAAAUAAACUUAAUUGGAUAUUAGCCAUUACAUUAACACAUUCAGCUCGAUAUUGUCUUUUUGAUGAAUAUUAUGAUAAAAAUUCAUAUAGUGCAAAAACAUUAGCUAAUAAACUAAUUGAAUACUUGCAUCUGUUUCUAGUUAUAAUUGAUUUACCAAGUAUUACUUAUCGUUCAUCAAAUGUUUAUGAUUAUGGCAUAUCAAUAGGAAGUUCUCAUCAAACUACACCACAACCUGGUGAUUGUUUGCCUUAUGUUAUUUUUAGUCCAUCUUUCUAUCAUUUAAUUCUAUUUGAAAAUCAACAAUUAACAAAAGUAAAUCAAUUUGUUGAAUUCAUCAAGAAAGAAUAUUCGAAAAUGAUUCAAAUUCAUGAUAGCAAUGAAGAAAAGAUUCCAUUGCAAUUUGACGGUGCUAUUCUUAUUCGACCUGAUGGAUAUAUUGUUUAUCGCACAAAUGUAUUUGAUAUAAAACAUUUUCAAUGA